CUUGAAACAGUCUUAUCAGCAUUCGGUAGACAAACUUUUUUUUUAAAUAGCAGCGUUAACUUGGCUAAGUUAAAAAGUGUGAAUAUACAUAGAACUGCGCUUCCGAAUUCGAAGCGAUCGAUGGCAAAAUUGCUUUUAAUAGACCAGUCGAGUGAUUAAGCCAUUACUCCAUAACAAAGUCUUCAAGUGUCAAAAAGUAAAACGGACAAAAAUGUUCACCACCAAACAGAAAAUAAAUUUCUAUGAAACUAAAAUCGACUUGAGAAAAGUAAUUGCGGAACAAAAUGUGAAAGACAGUGAUGAUACCGUUUAUGUCUGUGACCUAAGCAAAUUAAAGGAGAAAUAUGAAUUGUGGCAUAAACACUUGCCCCGAGUCAAACCGUACUAUGCUGUGAAGUGUAACGAUGAUCCUCAUGUCCUGAAACGUUUGGCUGAUUAUGGUGCAAAUUUCGAUUGUGCCUCUAAGCGGGAAAUAGAACAGAUUAUGAAUAUAGGCGUUGAGCCAAAUCGCAUAUUAUUCGCCCAUACUUGUAAGAUGGUGUCUCAUAUCAAAUAUGCACGCCAACGCGGAGUGAUGACCAGCACUGUGGACACCGAGUGUGAACUUUAUAAAUUACAGCAACAUUUUCCAGAAUCAAACGCGGUGAUACGUAUACGAUGUGAUGCAAAAGAUGCCUACUUGUGCUUAGGAGCAAAAUAUGGCUGUGAUGCUGAAACAGAGGCGCCCGCCUUAAUGCUGCUGGCCAAGAAGUUAAACUUAAAGGUUACUGGCAUUAGCUUUCAUGUAGGCUCACAUUGUAAAGAAUUUGCUGCAUUCGAUCGCGCAAUAUCCAAGGCCAAACGGCUUUUCAAAUAUGGCGCAGAACUCGGAUUCGACAUGCAUGUAUUGGAUAUUGGUGGUGGAUUUUCUGGUACUGAAUAUGAAUUUAAAGCGCUUGCUGAAGUUAUCAACAAGUCGCUGUUGCUACAUUUUGGAGAUGACAAUGUGAAUAUCAUUGCCGAGCCAGGAAGAUUUUUUGUUUCGGAGGCAUAUACCCUGAUUAGCAAAGUGCUCUCGAAACGUGAACCUCCUGUAGUAAAUGGUGAUAAGCCCACAAAACACUAUUAUCUAAAUGAUGGAAUCUACGGAUCAUUUGUUCAUGUCGUCAUUGCCCCUGGAUCUAGCGAAGUCAAACAUUUUGUGGAUGAUGACAACUUGCCAAAGCCUAAAUUUAAUACCAUCCUCUGGGGACCAACCUGUGAUUCACUGGACAAGAUUGCCGAAAAUUUAAUGCUACCCGAUAUGCAAUGUGAUGAUAUUGUCAUCUUCACGAAUAUGGGGGCAUAUACCCUGCCUGUUGCCUGCAAUUUUAAUGGUUUAAUGUCCAGAAAAAUUAUAUACUACGAAAAAGCAGUCAACAAAAGAGAAUCUGUCUAUAGUUAA